GUUGCUAGCUAUGGCAAAUGGUGGCGGCGGCGGCGGCGGCAGCAGCAGCGGCGACGGCGGCGGCGGCGGAGGCAGCAGUCUUAGAAUGAGUAGCAAUAUCCACGCGAACCAUCUCAGCCUAGACGCGUCCUCCUCCUCCUCUUCCUCCUCCUCUUCUUCUUCUUCCUCCUCCUCCUCCUCUUCCUCCUCGUCCUCGGUCCACGAGCCCAAGAUGGAUGCGCUCAUCAUCCCAGUGACCAUGGAGGUGCCUUGCGACAGCCGGGGCCAACGCAUGUGGUGGGCUUUCCUGGCCUCUUCCAUGGUGACUUUCUUCGGGGGCCUCUUCAUCAUCUUGCUCUGGCGGACGCUCAAGUACCUGUGGACCGUCUGCUGCCACUGCGGGGGCAAGACGAAGGUAACGCGCGUCCCGGGCGCCCGCCCCCUGCGCCAGCCCCGCCGCCUCGCGGCGUCCCCGGCAGCCCACCGCCUCGCCGCGCCGCGCCGCGCCUCCCUGCAUCCCCGCCCGCCCGCCUCCCCUCCGCUCUCCCCGCGCCCUCGGGGCAGAGCAGAGGGCGGCGCGCCGGGGCUGAGGAGUUGCCCCCGGUCGGCGAGCCCCGGGACCCGGACGCCCAGUGCCGGCCUCCUGUUUAUCGCGGGUGCUUAG